UGUAUGGUUGGAACCUCGUUCAUUGUUGCUGCUUCGCUUCCCGGCGGUGAGAUGAUUACAGCAUCGUUCCAAUAAACUGGUUAUUCCCCUGGCGUAUGUUCGCACCACUUCCUCCCAGCAGUCAUUCCCUGGGAAUACCGACGGGCUCGUUUACCUCCAAGGCAACCGGCGAUGGGGGAAGGCGAUAAACAAUUGGCAAGGAAGUAACGGCGUCGACCUGUGUGAAGAACAUGUAGAACUCUGCCGACUCUGAACAAGAAGCAAACGCGAUAGUUCCGAAUGGUGAAAAGUAAGAUCAAUAUCAGGAGGAAAGAACAAGGUGAAGUUUGAAUGAUGCCGACUGAACAUUCCACCCCGUUUAUCACAACUGGACACCGAGUGGAAAGAACGUUAGAAUUUAAAUGUUUUCGGCGCCUGUUUCGGUGAUGGGACAUUUCACGUGAGAUGUGGAUAACUAAUUACUAAUUAAAUCCCAUAGACGCAGAGAUGUUGGGGUGGAGUCGCGUCGUAGAUUAGUUGCGAUUUAACAUACAAAUUAAUAACAAUUUGCCAUUUAGAAUUACGAAUAUCAUUCAUGUCGAUGUGAAAGGUAAUUUCGGGAUUUUGAACAUUGCAAAUAAAAGUUUGUCGAAAUUAAAAUGACAUUGCCAGCACAGCCAUUCAGACAGUAGACCAGACAUUUUGAUAGAAAUACAACAAACACUGUUCAGAAUUCAAAUGAUGGGGCUUGCAGUCAUAUUUUUAUGGGUACCAGCACACAUUGGUAUUAGAGGAAACGAAAUGGCAGAUAAGGUAGCAAAAGAGGUAACAAAAAGAAGUAAGAUUGAUUUAAGUACUAACAUAGGUAAAACUGAAAUCAAAGACAUUAUUAAGCAAAGACUGAAGGAAAGAUGGCAAAAGCAAUGGGAGGAAGAGUGGAAAGGACGGUGGUUCUACAGAGUCUAGAGGAAAGUGGGAGAAAUGAGGUGCAGGAAAAAACAGAAAAGAGGAGACAGUAAUUUCAAGAAUCAGAUUUGGACACACUGGUCUGAACAGUGCACUUUUUAUAAUAGACAAGCAUAAUACAGGCAGAUUUGAAUACUGUGGGCAAGAAGAGACAAUAGAGCAUGUCAUUGUACAUUGUGAGAGGUAUGAGGAGGAGAGAGAACGGAUGAGUGAGCAGUUCAGAAAAGAAAGAGUACAAUUUGAUUUGGUAGAUAUUUUGCAAGGGAGUUCAUAUAAGUGCUAUCAAAUCCUGUUGCUUUUUCUUAGGGCAACCAAUUUGUUCGGAAGGAUAUAGGUUAUUAGUAUAUGUAAUGGUGUUGUUUGAUCCACAUUCCAUGCCAGUUGGUGGCGGUAAUGCACCAAAAAAGUUGUUUGCCAACCGCCAAAAAACACUACAUAGAAGAAAUGACAUUGCCAAUAUCAAUAGCAGCGUUGCUCGUAAAUAAAAACGUGUAUGUAUUAAACUUGCGAACACCAAUGGGAUUCACAGAAUUUGAAAAAUACGAAGCUUGGAAAUAGUAUGCACGAUGGCAGGGUUGUAGGCAAGGAAAAUACUCGCUUCAAGCAGAAUAUUUGUACCAUCUGAGAACAGAUAGUAGGGAAAUUGAUUGAAUGAACAGCCCCUUUAAUAAUUUUCUUCCCAUAUCACGAGGGGAAUAAUGUUGUGACCAUUUGUGCUGCUUUUCAUGUACAUCACAGGAAUAUUGUUUUCCUCGGUGAGUCUUGACUUGGCAGUUUGGAUUCAAAACUUAUCCCCAUAGAAGGCAGAGGGAGGUGGUGGAAGGAUGUCAUUUUGGCUGGAGUCUGUGACCAGUGGUGUUCUGCAGGGAUCUGUGCUGGGGCCUGUUGUUUGAUGUAUAUAAAUGACUUGGAUAUAAAUGUAGAUGGGUUGAUGAAUACAUUUUGUGACAACCCUAAAAUUGAUAUAGGCAGAGUAGAAGGCAGUCCAAGAUUCAGUCUAAAGAAGGGUCUCGACCCAAAACAUUACCAAUUCCUUUUCUUCAGAGAUGCUGCCUGCCCCGCUGAGUAACUCCAACAGUUUACCAGAAUGUUGUCUGGAUUAGAUAAAAUUUCUAAUAAGCAGAAAUUAGUAUUAUGACUUGUCAUUCUGUUCAGCACAGGAUAUUGUGGGCCAAAUGGUCUGUACCUAUGUUUUUAAAAAAGGUGUAUGCUUUGGAAGAUAAAACGUUGUUCAGUUUCUAAAAAGGAUGUGUUUCCCUAGAUUAAUCAAAUUGAACCUGCAAGUGCUUUUGACAUAUCUUUUUGCAGAAUUACUGAAGUGAAUAGUGAUGGGGAGUGGAGCAUCAAAACCUCAAAUAGAUAAUCCAAUAGAUGGCUCAGCAACUACUGACAAUAACCUGACAUCACCUUACUGCUCCAGUGAGACGAAUAUCAGUUCAGGGACUGAUCCUUUUAGCAUCAUGCAAGCUUUUGAGCAGUCUGAUGAAGAUCAGGAUAUAGAAAGGCAAGAGGAGUCUGAUGUGGAAGAAGACGAAGAACAAGAAGAAAUUGAAAGUUUAUGCCAAACUAUUGUACAAGAACCUCAAAAUUUCCAUUCUUGUGCAAGGAACAAUGCUGAACCUGGUGGAUUGAGCGUGGCUUUUGAGAAUUUCCUUCACAAUGACGGCACUCUUUACACAUGCAUGAUGCAGGAAGACUCCCGGUUGUACUUGGAUGAUACAAAGGGAUUUAAGCCAUUUCCAGAAAGGUGGUAUCAACAAGGGAAAUUUAUCGAUACGUUGCAGGAGAUUUCGACAUAUUCAUCCGGUAAAGAGAUCGGUCCAAACCAGGAUGUGGUAUCUUUCACAGAUGAUGAACGUGUUGGAGGUCUCUGGGUUCCGGGGAAAGGAAUGGUCAUGACAUACAUAUUUGAAGAAAGAACAAAUGUUUGUAAAUACUUUGACACCGAUUGUGGUGCCUGGCUUAUCUUGCCCUUGCAGUGGGAAAUGAAUUUGGAUUUUAUCAGAAAACGUGUUGAGCAAGUUGAGCAAAGCCUUCCUAGCCUCUCCGAUCAUCGAGAAGUCACUGCAGCUCUCCGGCAGUGCAACUAUGAUGCAGAUGAAGUUAUUUCCAUAUUUUUAACUAUCUUUGGGGAUGGCCUGUUAAUUCCCUUCAAAAGCCACAGGGAUUACAAAGAAGAUAAUGGCUACCGUCAUUUGAUAGAAAGAGACAUGAUCAUUGAUAGACUACAAAAGGAACUGAAACAAAGAGACACAAGUGUGGAAACGCUCCAUGAGAAAACCAGCGAGUUGUUGGAGGAGAACCGUCGACAAUCUGAAACGAUUCAGCAACUGAACAGACAAAUAUCAGAGCUGGAAGUUAAUCAUAAAGAAGCUCUCAACAGAAUCACAGCUUUGCAAAAAUUAUGUGGGACUUAUAAUUCCAGCUCAUUAACACCUGGUUCACAUUUGGAACCAAAGAAAUUACAGGAACUUUGUAAACUCACUCAUGAAUUAAGUAUUACCAGCAGAGAGCUUAGAUCUACAGUUAAUGAUAACAUUUCAGAGAUCAGACAAGUCAUAAGCCAAACUGUGGAUACUGUGCUAAUGCUGAAAAAUACUGAAGCAGCAUCAGCCCAAGAAAUAGUAGAUCUGCGGUCUUUGUACAAGAAGGAAGCUUUGGAAAAAAAAUUGCUGUAUAAUAAACUCCAGGAAAUUUGUGGGAACAUCAGAGUAUUUUGUCGCUGUCGGCAAGACUCUGAGGCUCAGACUAUACUGGAAUUUCCUUCAGAUGAAGAGAUCGUAGUGGAUCAAAAUGGGAACAGAAAAAGGUUUUCCUUUGAUAGAGUUUAUCCUCCUACUGCCACUCAGGAGCAGGUGUUUGAAGGAACACAGCCCAUCGUUACGUCCUGUGCGGAUGGGUACAAUAUCUGCAUUGUGGCCUAUGGUCAGACUGGCUCAGGAAAGACAUAUACAAUGAUGGGUAACGAUGAGAAUCCUGGGGUCAACAUAAGAUCAAUCAGAGAACUUCUUCAAAUAUGUCGGGAAAGAAAAAAUAUCAGCUAUACUAUAAAGGUAUCCAUGUUAGAAAUAUAUAAUGAAACAAUACUGGACCUUUUGUCAAAACAGCCACAUGCUCAGUUGCAAAUAAGGACCCAUGGAAGGGCGAUUGCCAUCCCCGGAUUAACCCAGAUUGAAGUGAAAACUGAAAAUGACAUUAAGGAUUUGAUGCAGUCUGGAAACCGAAACAGAACCGUUGCAUCCACAAAGAUGAACUCUGGGAGUUCACGUUCUCAUCUGAUUCUUACUCUCUUGGUGACUGGAGUGGAUGGCUAUUCUGGAGCUGCCUACCACGGUACCCUUACACUGUGUGACCUGGCUGGGUCAGAGAGAAUCUCCCAGACUGAAGCCACUGGGCAGAGACUUGUAGAAGCUGCUGCCAUUAACAAAUCCCUGACUGCACUUGGACAGGUUCUUAUGGCCUUGAAGAAUAAUGCGCUUCACAUCCCAUUCAGAAACUCCAAGCUGACUCAUUUACUCCAGCCAGCGUUCAGUCGGGAUGCAAAGACUUGUAUUUUUAUGAAUGUAAAUCCAAACAUAAAGAAUUUGGGAGAAACGUUGAGAACACUUCAGUUUGGGUCCUCUGUUCGGCAAGUGAGUCUUGGGAAGACCCUGUAGCUCUGCCAAGCCGGCAGAUGGAAGAAGUUGCAGCACUUUACACGCAAACCUAGCUUUUUAUUCAUAUAUAUCUUUAACGUAGAACAAUAAAACAAAAAUUACAGUGCUACCUAUUUAUGUCAUUAGUCUCGGGAUCUUGUAAAGCUUUCCUGAUAAUAACAGGAUUUUAAUAUGGUCUGAGUUCGAUCAAGCGUUGGACAUUUACGGGUUGUAAAUUUAAUUGAUUACAAUGAUGGUGUGCACCUAUAUCAAUUUAAAAUAAACAAAGCUAAAUCACAAGAUCCAAAAUAUCUGCUUGUUUGUAAGUAAAUGCAUAAACAAGAACUACAGUAUCAGCAGUCCUAAUGAAUUCCAUCGAAUACACACACACGCCUGUUCCACAUGUUCAGUGCAUCUUCACCAAAGGGACUGAACAUGACAUUGUGUGGGUUAUCCCGAAUGGCCAUGGCCGGAAACAAAGUCUGUUCAUCACAUCAUCCCUCGACAUUGAUAUCAUAAAAACAAGUUACAACUUCCAAAAACAGUGGGAUAGAUGGGGAGUUUAGUGGGCAGAGACAGCAUGUCAUCUUAUGUGGGGUGUAAAUAAACAGGGAGCAUUAUCUUUGACAGAUUAUUAUUAUUUUUAAUAUUUGUUACAUCGUAAUUGGCUUUGCAGUUUCAGGAUUGUUCUGUUUAAAUGGUGUAGACACAUGUGUCUAUUUAUUAGCAUUAGAGUAUUUAAAAAUUAACGUGUCCCUUCAUGAGAUUUAUCAUAUUCUGGAUCACUGAUCCAGUGCAGCAUUUAAAUCCUGAGGAAUUUAAAUAUGAAUAAUUCUAUGAAACUACAAUUGAGCCAGCAUCACAAAUAGUAAUCUUGGCUUCCUUACCUAUAUAUGAUUGCAGCAGCACCAAUGAGGUUGUUCUGUAUCAGUCUCUUCAGGGCAGGCUCCGUGAACAAAGAACACAAUCAACUCCAAUUACAUAGUGGUAAAAAUUACAUCAAUCAUACAUUGGUCAAAAUGAUUUUGAGUUUUGCACUUGGUGCUGUGUUUAAUACAAUGCACUUUGAUUAUAUUAUAUUUAGAUUUCAGUUAUUUGAAACGGUCUAUUUGUGAAUAUUUUGGCAUAAUGCCCCAAAACAGAUCCUUUACCUGUGACACACAGGAGUGUUUUAUUGCUUUUGACUAAUAACAAAUCCAUGGAAGUUUAAUCUCUCCUUUUUUUUUAAUCUUCAAUAAUUUGAACACCAACACAAACAAGUAAUUCUGGUAAGAGCUCUUACCAUGUUAAUUUAGUGUGCAGCUUGACAUCGCAACAGAUAAGAUAAUCUACUGGUUAGUUUGCAUGCAAAACUCGUGAAACUGGGUGACAAGAAAAGGCCAGCUUGUUCUUCGAGGCACAUUGCAAACAGAACUGCACUGAGGGCCCAAACUACUUGUUCAAUCUCAAAAGGCGUCAAAGGCUGAUCAUACAGAAGGCACUGAGAUUAACCACUUAACCAAUAAUUUAACCAAACUCAAAUAAUUCAUAUACAAGACAGAGAAUUUGUACCUAUAAAUAUUAGACAUUUAAUAUGCUACAUACAUAGAACCUCAGUAUCAAUCUCACUGCACUCUUUUCUAUGGUCUCCAUGUCAAACUUAGAAUGUUGAAGAUAUAUUUGUGUGUCGUAAAGAUGUGAUCAAGUUAUUCUGCAAUAUUUUUUGUACUGUCUGCUUAAUUAUCUGCACUGCAGCACUAGAAGUCACUUUGUUCACCAUUUGAGAUAUCUUGCCCUGGGGGCAUAUGUACUAGAAUAAAUCUGCAAUAUUCUCCAAAGAACCUAGAGUUUAAAACUCCUUAAUUUCAAUUUAAAAAGUAAAUAGAAAUUAUCUCAGUAAAUGGGGCUCAAAAAAUAAUCCCAAUUAGCGCUCUCAAGGCAUCUGUAUCAACUAUUUGUCUUAUUCCCUGGUAUUUGUAAUUGCACAAAAAAACCUUUCAACAGAAUGAGUUAUUGCACUAGGUGGCAGUCUCUUUUGUGAAUUGAUGAGCAGUCAUAUUGAUCAUUCCUUAAGUUUAAUUCAAAGCUCAAUUGUUCCAGAGCUGGGGUAAAGUUGUGCACAGAAUACACAAGCUUUUUAAUGUUGCAUAGUUCAAACAGUAUUAUAAUUCUAAAGUAGUUGUUAACAGAACCCUUUGCAAUGUGCUUUUUUUCUGUCCAGCGCAUAUAUCAGAUAAUUAUUAGGUUACUUUGUGCUCGGUUAUUUUGUGUAAAUAAUAAAUUGAUUGGAAAACUGACGACUUGAUUGACUAUUUAUUUAUGGACAAAUAGGAACUGGAAAAGGUGCAACACCAGAUGAAAUGUAAACAGUCGAUGCAUCGUGCUGUGGACAGAGUGGAACAAUGUCACAGCAGACCAGAUCAGAGAUGGGGUGGGCUAGGGCCAAUGUGUCUAGUGCCUCCAGGACUGGCUCAUGUUGAAAGAUGACAGUGUAGGGUAAAGGGGGAGAAGGGUUGCAAUUCAAAUGAGUGAACUUUGUAAUGCAUAACCCUAUGCAACAACAAAAAAAGCUUUUCACUGUACCUUGGUGCACGUGCCAUUCGGCCCUUCUUGCCCCUCCCUUAAUUAGUUAUUAUCUGGUCCAGUUCUCCAUAAGCCUCAAUGCCCUGAACUUUAAGAAAAUAAGUCUAAUUCUGCUUGAAAUGGCUGCAAUGAUCACUCCUCACAACCCUAUUUCAUGCAUUAACUAACUCUGCUGUAACCUUGCAGACAUGCUCACAUGCAGGUCCAAUAUGUAACAUGUGGAAAGCUAGAUUACAAAUGGGAAGAAAGUGGAGAACAUGGGCUGAAGAAGGGUCCCGACGUGAAACGCCACCAAUCUAUGUUCUCCAGAGAAGCUAUCUAAUCUUCUGAGUUACUCCAGCAAUAUGUCUUAAAAAUAAAACAGCAUCUGCAGUUUCUUGUUUCCACAUUACAAAUGUCUAAAAAGAUCUGGGAUUGACUGAACCAGUGAAGUAGAAAGUUUAUUGUUAUUUCAAUACUACAUUUUUUGGAGCUGUGUUAAGAACUUUCAAGAAUGAUAUAAAAUGAUACUGGAAUUGUUUCAGUAGGAAAUAAAUAAAUCUUAGCAUUACAGAACAUACAUUAUUUACUCUUUUCAACUCUCAGUGGUUAAUUUACACAUGGGGAUAAUGUGACAUGUAUUUCCUGUUCAUUUCCAGAAUGCUCCGUAUACCUCGAAAUGCCAAACUACAGCAGUAAGACUUUCCAACUGCAAUACAAACUGACAAUAAUGUUUUUAUUAUAACAGAUCAC